UCCACCUCACAGCCCAUCAGCUCCACCACACAGGCCAUCAGCUCCACCUCACAGCCCAUCAGCUCCACCACACAGGGCAUCAGCUCCACCUCACAGCCCAUCAGAUCUAGCUCCACCUCACAGCCCAUCAGCUCCACCUCCACCAUACAGCCCAUCAGCUCCACCUCACAGCCCAUCAGCUCCACCUCCACCACACAGAGCAUCAGCUCCACCUCCACCACACAGGCCAUUAGCUCCACCUCACAGCCCAUCAGCUCCACCACACAGGGCAUCAGCUCCACCUCACAGCCCAUCAGAUCUAGCUCCACCUCACAGCCCAUCAGCUCCACCAUACAGCCCAUCAGCUCCACCUCACAGCCCAUCAGCUCCACCUCCACCACACAGGCCAUCAGCUCCACCUCACAGCCCAUCAGCUCCACCUCCACCACACAGCCCAUCAGCCCCACCUCCACCACACAGCCCAUCAGCUCCACCUCACAGCCCAUCAGCUACACCUCACAGCCCAUCAGCUCCACCUCACAGCCCAUCAGCUACACCUCACAGCCUAUCAGCUCCACCUCACAGCCCAUCAGCUCCACCUCACAGCCCACAAGCUCCACCUCAACCACACAGUCCAUCAGCUCCACCUCCAUCACACAGGGCAUCAGCUCCACCUCACAGCCCAUCAGCUCCACCUCCACCACACAGGCCAUUAGCUCCACCUCACAGCCCAUCAGCUCCACCACACAGGGCAUCAGCUCCACCUCACAGCCCAUCAGAUCUAGCUCCACCUCACAGCCCAUCAGCUCCACCUCCACCAUACAGCCCAUCAGCUCCACCUCACAGCCCAUCAGCUCCACCUCCACCACACAGGCCAUCAGCUCCACCUCACAGCCCAUCAGCUCCACCUCCACCACACAGCCCAUCAGCUCCACCUCCACCACACAGCCCAUCAGCUCCACCUCACAGCCCAUCAGCUACACCUCACAGCCCAUCAGCUCCACCUCACAGCCCAUCAGCUACACCUCACAGCCCAUCAGCUCCACCUCACAGCCCAUCAGCUCCACCUCACAGCCCACAAGCUCCACCUCCACCACACAGCCCAUCAGCUCCACCUCCAUCACACAGGGCAUCAGCUCCACCUCACAGCCCAUCAGCUCCACCUCCAUCACACAGGGCAUCAGCUCCACCUCACAGCCCAUCAGCUCAACCUCCACCUCACAGCCCAUCAGCUCCACCUCCACCACACAGCCCAUCAGCUCCACCUCCACCACACUGGCCAUCGGCGCCACCUCCACCACACAGGCCAUUAGCUCCACCUCACAGCCCAUCAGCUCCAGCUCCACCACACAGCCCAUCAGCUCCACCUCCACCACACAAGGCAUCAGCUCCACCUCCACCACACAGGCCAUCAGCUCCACCUCACAGCCCAUCAGCUCCACCUCCACCACACAGGGCAUCAGCUCCACCUCACAGCCCAUCAGAUCUAGCUCCACCUCACCGCCCAUCAGCUCCACCUCCACCAUACAGGCCAUCAGCUCCACCUCACAACCCAUCAGCGCUACCUCACAACUUAGCAGCUCCACCUCCACGUCACAGGCCAUCAGCUCCACCUCACAGCCCAGCAGCUCCACGUCACAGGCCAGCAGCUCCACGUCACAGCUGAGCAGCAGCUCCACCUCCACGUCACAGCCCAGCAGCUCCACGUCACAGGCCAGCAGCUCCACGUCACAGGCCAGCAGCUCCACGUCACAGGCCAGCAGCUCCACGUCACAGCCCAGCAGCUCCACGUCACAGGCCAGCAGCUCCACGUCACAGCCCAGCAGCUCCACGUCACAGGCCAGCAUCUCCAUAUCACAGGCGAGCAGCUCCACGUCACAGCCGAGCAGCAGCUCCAUGUCACAGCCCAGCAGCUCCACGUCACAGGCCAGCAGCUCCACGUCACAGGCCAGCAGCUCCACGUCACAGGCCAGCAGCUCCACGUCACAGGCCAGCAGCUCCACGUCACAGCCCAGCAGCUCCACGUCACAGGCCAGCAUCUCCACGUCACAGGCCAGCAGCUCCACGUCACAGGCCAGCAGCUCCACGUCACAGGCCAGCAGCUCCACGUCACAGCUGAGCAGCACCCCGCCGCCUACUAAAGUGCCUGAACCAGGCUGGAAGGUGCUUGCUGCCAUCCUGAUCGCAGUCCUUGGGUUGGUGCUUCUUGUUUGCGUCGGGCUGCUCAUCUAUUGCUGCACCUGUCGAAAGCAUCAGAGGUGGAUUUUGUGAUCCUGGCGACCUGGCAAUCUUUCAUGAACAUCACCACUACAUGACUAUACACCAAAUGUGGUCAUUAUAUAUACUGUAUAAGGAUUAACGUAAUUUAAUUAUUUAAGGUAGCUUGUAAACCACUUUGCCUAUUAUGUUGAUCAUUGGGUCUUCGCAUAAUUUAUUUUAUUGGUGUAAUGUGCAAGGACUGUUCAUUAUGAAGUGUAUAUAAAAUGUACAUAUUAUUUAUUUAAAUUGCAUGUAAUGCAGGUAUUUUGAUUUAAACACCGACGCAGUGUAUAUGUAU